ACUACAAUCAUGGACGACCGCGUCUUGCAAGCUUGGGAGGAGGCCGGGGCGAUUGACCCGCAGCGCGAGUCGCCUUUGUACAACGGACGCAUCCCCGUCGAAAUUCGCAUGCUCAUUCUGGAGCUCGCAGUCACGGAGACUGUCGAAUCUGCAUUCACGGCCAGUCAGGACUGGCGAUUGAAACAAAGCCAUGAGGUCGAUCCAGACUCGGACCUUGAAGAUGAGGAGAGUUGUGCAGAAGAUUGUACCGGCCGGGGAGAUGAUGAUUUACAGGCGGAGUCUUCACACGAAGACGAGACAACAGCAGGACUCCAGGAUCAUACUCAGCACACAGACGAGAAUGAAAACCAUGAGGAAUACGACGAAGAAAGCGACGACGACUAUUUCGCCUGCUCAUACGAUUCAGACUACGAUGGGCACAUCUUUACUGAUCAUAUCAACCAUCCCUGGGACCGCCCAGACGCCAGUGGCCCUCGAAAGACUUCCCCCGUCCUUCGGCUCUGUCGACGCACCUACAUCGAGCUGACCGAGUCCAGGGCUCACCAGGGCGCAUGGUCCGAAAUGCGAUUCUUUGGGCAACGAGGCCCCAACCUGCAGCCGAUGCCCGACACAGCCCGCCCCCGCCGCGCCCGCCUCUACACGCAAAUGUAUUGGCUCUCGGAUACAUUCUACCGUCAAAUAAGUCUCAGGGUGCCUGGCGUCUUUGAAAAGCUGCGGGACAUCCGACUCACCUUUCGCCGCGGCGACUGGUGGCACAAUGAGGAAAAUGCCGAGCUGCACGUCGACCCGUUCGGCACCGGCUACGAGCGAGGCAUGGACGCCAUCCGCCUCCUGUACCACCAACAAGUCACGUCGUCGCGCGGCCACGCCUUUCUCCCGUCCGACACCGACGCUCACGUGCGCGAGAUGCGAGAUUCUCAUGAGCUUCACCACAGCAGUCCCUCGGCGAUUGGGACCGGCGCUCCAAUGCUGUUCCCCGCCAGGUCGUGGGCGCUGGCCUUUGCGCAGCUGCCGAGCUUGGAAAAGCUGACCAUCGACUUCGAGACGGCGCCUGACAAGCGGGAAGAGAUGGACCUCAUCGUCGACUGGGCCGUCCGCGACUGGAUAUUCCCCAUGUACGUGCCCUGGCGCCACGACAGCAAGCUGCUAGAGCUAGACGAGCUUGACGAUGGCGGCGAGGCGCGAGAGCGGUUCCUCUCCGCGGCGGGCAGCUCGGUGCACAAAACCAGCUGGCGCGGCCUGCCGCAGCACUACAGCCCGCUGUGUCCGGACCCGAAACACGUUUCGUCGUCCGAGUGUGCAUCUUGCGCCGCUCGAAGGCGCCGAAAGUCCAGGCACAUGGGCCCCAGACUGCUGGUGUGGACGGUGACUUGGACCCCGCGGCACGCGCUGAAGGACGGCACGGAGCUCGUUUUCCGUGAGGUUCCGCUGGCGCCUCCUUCCCCGCAUCCUGUGGAGAAUCUCGAAGACGAUUUCAUGCGGAGGUAUCGGGAGAUCCAGAGUCGAUUCCCGCAGAGGACGCCUCCGAGGGGUCGUUGGGGUUUCCGCCCGAGACGGACUGUUGCCAGCCCUACCUGAGGACUGUUUUGAUGGGAGGGUUUGCGAGGCGAGUAUGUCGCAGUUUUCGAGGAAGUUAUCAAUAACAAAGGAAUAUCACUCGCUUUUUAUAAGGUUGUAAGGUCUUCCAGUUGCCGAGCAUGCUACUUUCAAAC